AUGAUACUCAGUCUAAAUAUAGAAGUAAAUUUUCAUUCUUAUAUUGGCCCGCUAGCCUAUGCUUUUAAGCAAUACACGUUUAGUCAUUCUUCGCAUUUUGAAGCUGACUUUCAAACCUAGUACAAUGAAGGUGGGAAAGGUUUGGUUUUUCUUAGUUGUCGCUGUUUCAGUCGCUACAGUUGUAUCCUCAAGACAAGUCGACUCAGGAACCGGAGGACAAGAAUUGGAUCAGAAAUUAUCUAACCAUUCUGAUGGCACUCCAGGAAACAAGGACCAAUCAUACACUCCGAACAGAAUCAGAUUGAACUUAAAUACUCUUCUUCAAGAAAGAUCCCAAGACAUUUCCAAGAAGGUUUUGCGACCCCGGUCGUCACGGUCUUUCAGCAAAGUGUUGUUUGAAAAUGUUCGAUUGAGCGUUCCAAUCCGCCAACAUGCGUUGCAAACCAAUUUUAUCCAAGGAAUGGCUGUAGGUUCACUUAAACCCACUCAGUAUGGACGCUACAUGGUACAAGAUACUGCCUACCUCGCCAAUGCAAACAAAGUGUACUCUGAAGCUGCUCAGAAGAUGGAAGAGCAAGGCAAACCUGACUUUGCUUUCUUUUACAGAAGUCAGGCUGCGAAGUACGAAGAUUUUUACAAAGAGUUCCUCAAGACCUGGGCUCUUGAAAGUGCCGAGGCGGUGCAUGAGGGGCCAGCAGUCCAAGCGUACAUGGGUUAUCAGCAGGCUGUGGUCAAACAACAUCCCAGAUAUCUACCAGUAGCCAUGUUACCAUGCACCAUGCUCUGGCCGUGGAUGGCUGACAGCCUCAUCAAAACAGUUGACAAGAAAAACCCGUAUUAUGAAGACUGGUUUGUGAAGAACCUGCGUGCACCGGGAACACAAAGCUCAACGGAGAGGUUCGUUGACGAAAAUGUCACCGCAUUUGAUGAGGGCAUUGCUCUUGAGAUUUUCUGCGAAGGAAUGAUGAACGAACUGAAUUUCUUUCGAGAAGCAUGCGAUGAAGCCCCAUAUAAACUCUCUGAAAUUUGCCCAAGCGCGGGAUAAACUGAUAUCGUAACUAAUUGCUGUACCAGUAAAAUUAAUAGCCCUGGUUAUUCAUCUGAAAAACGUAUAUUAAGCUGAAGUUGAGACAAAUAUCUUUAAACCAUGUUUAACUCCCUGAAGUGGAAAAAGUUUUAAUUCAGUAGUGCAACAUCAUCUUUUUAUUUACUAUGUGUUUGAGUGAGCAAUCACUCGAUGCAAACUGUCAGAUCUUCAUCAAGAUCAUGUAAAGCAUUAGCUAGGCCGUAUUUUGAACAAAUGCCGAGAAUUUUAAUUCAAAAAAAAAAACUGGAUCACGCAAACUAUUCUCUCAAGCAAAUAAACACUGAAGUGUCUAUACUCUUUGCCAAGAAAAAGUUAUUA